GGUCGACUCAAAUCCACGCAAACUUGCAGAGAGAGAGUAAUGGCUCUGAUCCAGCUUUCUUCGAUUUCCUCAUCAUUCUUCUCUUCCUCAAGUAAAUUGGAGGCGAAGCCUGUUAGUAGAAUCUCCAUCAGCAACACCAAGUCUUGUUCAAUCUGCAAAGCUUCUUGGCAAGAGCUCGCAGGAGUGUUGGUGUUCUCGGCGAUUCCUUUCACGGCAGUCAAGGCCAUUGCUAACAGCCAGCUUGGAGAGUUGCUUCAGAGGAGAAUGGAAGAGAAGAAAACGGAGGCGGUUGAAAAUUCUUCCAAGUUCAGGGCCUUAGCUGAGAAGGCUCGAAGCGAGAGCCUAUGGUAUGGAGAAGAGCGUCCCCGCUGGCUUGGGCCAAUCCCAUAUGACUAUCCCGCAUAUCUUGCAGGCGAAUUCCCAGGAGAUUACGGCUUUGAUAUUGCAGGUCUGAGCAAGGAUCCUGUGGCUUUCCAGAAAUAUUUUAACUUCGAAAUAUUACAUGCUCGUUGGGCAAUGCUUGCAUCACUUGGUGCCCUAGUUCCAGAAGUACUAGAUCUCUUAGGAACCUUUCACUUUGCUGAACCUGUUUGGUGGCGUGUUGGCUAUUCAAAGCUUAAGGGAGAAACACUGGACUACCUUGGUAUCCCUGGUUUCCACUUAGCUGGAAGCCAAGGAGUGAUUGUCAUUGCUAUUUGCCAAGCUCUCUUAAUGGUAAUAGAUCUUUCUGUCCUUUGAUAACUAUUAGUAUCUUCCCCUUUUCCAUAUUUAGCUUCAUGCUUAAAUAAUUUGUUUUGAACUAUUGAAUUUGUUGUUAUCUGUAUAAGAGACUUUACUCAGUAAAAUUAUCCAUAUCAACUUAUCAAUA